AUGUCGUAUCUUCGCUUUGAUGCAUUUGAGAGCCAGGCGUCAUCCGACAGACGGCAAAUCGAGGCGGCUUCGUGUGCUCGUCUUCCCUCUCAAUUUCCUUGCCUACAUACACUCAACUUGUCGUUGAACAAGCGUCCAUCAUGGCCGGAUCUAAAAACCGUCGAUAUCCAAAGCACACCGUCAACUCCAUCCGGGAAAUGGCUCUUUGUCGACCGCUCUGAUCGCGAUAAAUACGAUCACUAUGAGUCCUCAGAUUCCGAUCCACAUGAUGAAUUUCCGGAAUACGUGAGAACGGUCCUCGAAGAUCGCAGCGGCAAGCCUGUUCGAGAAGUCAGUGGCCCGGGUCUCUUCAAUGACUUGUAUAUGGCUGUGGGACAGGCAGCGUUAUGUAUGCCAAAAUUGGAAUUGCUGACAAUGGAAACGGAGGCAGGAAGAGGCUAUCAUCGGUUCAAAUAUUCCUCGGAAGAGGAGGCAUACGCAAAAUGGUCUGACCCUCUCGGAUUCCAGCCUGAAGAAAGGCUUCUGAACCUAUGGAAUCAAGUGGGUUCUAAAAACACCGGUGGAGAUCUCACAGUCAAAUUGUGCAAUGAUUGA